AUGAAGCCCACACAUGCAUUAUGUUUUCUGCCAGCGGGGAUGACGAGCGAGGCCUAUAGCCGCACCGAUGGCGCCACGGGCGAUAAACUGGCGUCCAUCGAAAAUUUAAAGGAAAUCGAGUUCAACGAGAAGAAUCUCAUUAUUUAUUCACCGCCCGGAGUGGAGGACGAGUUGUCCGCCCGUUUCUUGUACAGCUUGGCCUACGCUACCCUCAGGCAUCGGUCGCCGGAUCUGAUCAGCGAAAUUAUUGUCUUCCUGCGCGACCAGGAGCCGGACAUUGUCAGGGAAUGCGGAGACUACGCCCACUUCGAUCUGAAGCGGACCGUGUGGAGCCUGGAGCUGUUGCGCCAGGACAUAGUCGAGAACAAGGAGUUUGAGAUAUUCCGGGUCAAGUCGCCGGAUACUGAGCCUUGGAACAGGUUCCUUAACGCCAUCGUCAAGGAAAAGCGGCACUGGUUCUCGGCGGUGUGGCUCCAUGCCGAUUGCUACAUGUACCGGCGCAUCUGGUCGAUCUUCCAGCGAUCGGACACCCUGAUGGACUACGAUUACUUUGGCGAGCAGAAGAUGCUGGCCACCAAGAAGGCGGCGCAGAUGAUGAAGUCGAUCCUGGGAACCACCAGGGACCUGAAGCGCAGCCGGGACAACUUUCAGCGCCUGCUGAAGCUGUCCCUGUGGGGCGAGCGCAGUGCCUGGAUGUCGGAAGGAUGUCGUUUAAACGACCUGCUGGUGGAGUACGAGUGCGAUCUGCUGGCCGAUCAGUCGGUGGCCGUGUGGCGGGAUCUCAGGCAUGCCUACGAUCCCGUCUACGUGGACAUUGUGACCGGCAACGCGGGCUUCGAGCUCUUCACGGAUCUUCUCCUGGCCGACUACAUCAUCCGCUCAAAGCUGGCAGAACGGGUGCGCUUUCACUUGAAGGCCAUUCCCUGGUUCGUUAUGGACGCCACCCACAAGGACUUUCAUUGGCUGCUGGACUUCUUUCGCAACCACGAGUUCAUCGAGUUGCAGGGCUUUGCCCGCCAGAUCCAGCAGCACCUGCAGGACCGCUCUUUUAUCCUCUGCGAGCAGAGCUAUUUCUGGACCAGUGCCUACGACUUUAGCCACAUGAAGCAGGUUCAGCCCUGCCUGUAUGUCUACCUGAGCGAGGCAUCGCUAUUGAUCUUCAAGGGGGACCUCAACUACCGCAAGUUGCUUGGCGAUGUAAACUACUGCUCCACGGAUAGGUUCGAGAACUGCCUGCGCGGCUUCCAGCCGACCAGCGUGUGUGCGCUGCGUGCGAUCAAGACGGAUCUCUACUGCGGCCUGACCGUCUGCCAGGUGGAGUGGCUGAACGAGGACGAGCCCAACUGGAUGGUCACGGGGGAGAAGGCGGUCAUCCAGCUGGCGGUCAAGCAUCGCCUGUCGGGGGACAUAAUUGUGGCUCUUUGAAGGGGUUUAAAUAUCCAUUAAAUGCAGCUUGUUGUCGUGGCUUUUCCCAAAUGA